AUGAAUGAAAGACAAUCACGCAUUGUGAGUCGAACUGAACGUCCCAAAUCUGAUUGUUUUAAUGAAGAAGACAAAAAAAUAGCAGAACUUAUUACUCCAGAGAGUGAAGAAGGACAACAUCUAGGCAUUAUUUAUCAAGAUCUUGAUUAUCUAGAAUCAGAAAGGAAUCAUAGCAAGAAAUAUUUAUGUAUCGCGUGUUUAUCGGUCUGGCUAAUAAUGACAAUUAUUUGCAUAGUAGUUUAUUAUAAUAUUUUCUCGGAGUCUAAUAAUGUCACAGAAUAUGAUAUUUCUAAGAUUCCUUUUCAAUAUCAAUUGAGUUUGAGAUAUUUAUAUUCAAUUAAUUAUCGAUAUGAUUAUGUUAUUUCAAGUCUUCCUGAUCACGAAUUUGCCCAGCAAUUUAACUUUACUGAGCACAAUGUUGAUCAAAAUUCAAAUAAUACUUUCAUAACAACUGAAAACAAGCAAAUUGAACUUGGCAUUUUAAUUUCACGACCAUUAAAAAUUUUAACACCUGGUUAUUAUGAAGUCCAGGAAGAUAGAUGCCUACCAAAUGGUACAAUGUACCGAGUGAUAACUGCCAUUGCAAGUUUUACGAGAUUGUUUUACCUUUCCUGGACACAACCUAUGACUAUUGAAUUUGUUAAUAAUUUAAAUGAAAUCGAUCAUAAUGAAACACAUUAUCAAGACUUAAUAUCUUGCAAAUACCAAUUCACAUGGACAUUCACUCUAAACGGAUAUGUCAAUCGGAAAUGUAAAAAUGAGUCAGAGUUCCUAACGAUCUCCUAUGUUAAGGGAUCUAGCUUGUUUGGAUUCAUGUUUUAUAAUUUGGAUGAGACAAAAGUUUACGCGCAUACUACCGUACCAGUUUCGGCUGAUCGAAAUUUAUUUUUUAGAAGGUAUUAUUUAUAA